GAAUUACAAAUAAGGGUGCGUUAUGGUAAUUCUCAUAUUUAGAUCCAGAAACAAAAUUGGGUCGUUGAAGUUGGCUUCUCUUCGGUUGAAGCUUCUGUCUACUCAGUCAAAGGUCCUGUCUUUAUUGAUCUCAAUGAGGUGCCCAGCUGCAGCAGAAGGUAUAUACGGUGGCAGGCUCUGCAGAGUGGCUGUGGUGGGUGCUGGUGUCAUUGGACUGUCUACUGCAGUCUGCAUUGCAGAAUCCAUUCCUAGUUGUGCUGUGACUGUGCUGGCUGAGCACUUCACUCCUGACACCACCAGUGAUGUUGCAGCCGGGAUUUUACUUCCACAUCCAUUUCCGGAGACACCAUUACAUAAACAAAGAUGCUGGUUUAAAGAUACAUUUGAUCAUCUUUUAUCAAUCUGUAAUUCUACUGAUGCUGCUGAAGCAGGAGUCUUUUUACUUUCAGGGUGGCAAGUUUUUCAAGAAACUCCUUCCACCAAGGAUCCUUACUGGUCAACAGUUGUUCUUGGGUUUCACAUGAUGACAGAUGCUGAACUUCAAAGGUUCCCAAAGUACAAGUUUGGUCAGUCAUUCACAACGAUUAAGUGUGAAUGUUCUAAAUAUCUGCUGUGGCUUGAGAAGAGGUUGAAAAAUGCAGGAGGACAGCUGCAUACUGAAAAGAUCACUGGGUUUGAGCAGCUUACUUCCAGCUAUGACAUAAUUGUCAAUUGUUCUGGCCUGGGGUCAAGGGAUCUAGCAGAUGAUCAGAGCCUCUACCCAGUGAGAGGCCAAAUCCUUCGAGUCCACGCUCCAUGGCUGAAGCACUUCAUCAGAGAUGGAAAUGGCCACACUUACAUCUUUCCUGGAAUCCACAGUGUCACCCUUGGAGGAACAAGACAGAAACAUAACUGGGAAAUGUCUGUUGACGAAGCAGACAGUAGUGGUAUAUUUGAACGUUGUUGUGAAUUGGAGCCAUCCCUUAAAAAAUCUCAGGUCUGUUCAAAACUGGUCGGUCUGCGGCCCACCAGAAAUAGUUUAAGGCUGGAGAGAGAAUUUUUUGUACAUGGGAAUAGACAAGUGCCUAUCAUUCACAAUUACGGCCACGGAGGGGGUGGCAUCAGCAUACACUGGGGGACAGCGUUAGAAGCAACUCAGCUAGUGAAAGAGAGCAUUAACUGGAGAAACCCAACAUCGAAACUAUAACACUCCGGGGAAAAAAGUAGUCAUUUUACCUCUUGGUAAUUCUCGCCAACUGGCCCUUUAGCACUGUGGGAAUAUCAGUCUGGAGUUUUUUUUAAAUCACUUUUUCAGUUUUAGGUGAUUAAUUCAGUAGGUUCUGGUUAUUGGUUGGAUGCGCUUAGCUGCCUUGACUUGGUUUCUAAAUCUGGGCUGUUAUGGAAGAACUGAUGGAGUGGGAGGAAAAUCAUAGGAAAUGAAAAAGAAAGUGUCAAAGGAUUCGACAAAAUGAAACAGUCAAGAUUUAAACUACUCUGCUGUAUGAUUCUUUAAUUAAUAACAUUUAUAUAGCUCCUUUUAAAAUCUACUCGUUUUGCUUUACGUAGGCAAUGGUGAACCACUUCAACUACCAGCAGUGUGUGGCAUCCACCUGCAUUUUGUGACAGUAGCCAUUUUUGCACCAUUAUGCUCAUUAUAUUUUAAACAUAAGAUGCAAUGUUUAUAUUUAUAUUUGUAUAAACAUUUAUAUAACGUAAAGUACCAUUUGUAUGAAGGGUUGCCUGGCUAGGAAGAAGUGAUGGUUUUGCCUCUGUUAGCCAAGUUGACAAUGGACAGUGGGAAGUCAUCACACCACACCACACCUUAAAGUAAGGACAUGUCACACUGACAAAGGUGUGGGCCUGCAGAUGUCAGUGUGGGAAAUGAAAAGUCACGUACAGGGUGGUCAUUUCUGCCAUGCAGGGUGUGUUGAAUGUUAAGUGGGCUUAGGCACCAGAAUACAAGUGGGCGUUAGAGUGACAGUCAUGGAGGGCUGUCAAGAGACUUCUGGCCAACAGAAGCAACCCAUGGUCACUAGCAGGGACCAGGCUGCCCAGUUAAGGGUAAAGCCAAAUAGGACUAACUGUACACCAGCAUUUUAUCAGCCAAGUUUUAUGGGGCAGCACAUAGUCUCUGACUUAGAAGAGCUGGAACAUGUUGCUCCUUUAAAAGGCUCAGUGUGGAGCAUAGAGAGCUCUAGGCCAGCGUCCAUUUAACCAGGGAAAUGCCAACCUGACCGAUGUGCAAAGCUGUAGUUCUAUGGGUUGUGAAUGUGGCACGUCUUUGGGAGGCACAGGGAUAAGAUAGAAUGGACUGAGCUUUGUAAUGGGAAAAACAGAAAUUUAGUGAAUUGUUUAGAGUUGUACGUUUUAAAAAAAACGUUAAUGUGUAAUGAGGUAGAAAAGAGAGAUUGUACUACCUUCUCCAGCUUUCCAUUCUCAUAACCAUAAUGUAAUAAAAAGCUUUGUAAAAACACACUCUGUGGCUGAGAUUUAAAAAUAAACAACAUUUAUCUUUCA